AUGGUGUCUCUGCUGCUGCGUAUUCGCAAGCAGACACCGGCGACUGGGCGCCGCACCGCCCACACGCAAGAGGAGAAGCGCCUCUAUAUCCUCGGGGUCCAGGCCCUCAACAUCGUCGCCGGGGCCGCCCUGACGGCCUUUGGGCAAGCAUCGCCGCAACUCGGCGCCCAGGAGAAGUGGAUCACUCCACGGCUGCGCAAGCCUGUCUUGCGCUACGGCCAUAGAGUUGCUCGGCUUUCCUACAUGAACAUCAGCAUGGAUAUCCUGAUGGCAUUGACUAAAGGAGACGGGACCAAGCUCGACCCGCCAUCGACCAUCUACGGCCGCACGACUGGCUUUUGCACCCUUGAUUCCGAAGAGACCCUGCUCCAAGCCGCCUCUGAAGUGCUCCAGUUGAGCAGUACUGCCGAGGCCGACACGUACUCUUACGUACAAGGCUUCAAGGUGGUACUGCCUGCCAUUGACGACGACGAUCAUGCGUGGAAGACAGCCGCCUUCGCGUACGUCGCGCGGACACUCACCGCUCUUGCUCAAUCUCAUUCAGUCUGGUUCAGCACUGUGACCCAGCAUUUUACGGCCACUCUAUGGGGACAAGUGGUGCCAGGGACUGAUGUGACUGCAUUCAGGCCGUACACAGGACCUGCCCAGGCAACAGCUUGCGUUUUGCAAAAGGUGCAACCGACGGGAAGAUCACUUGCAAAUUCCGAAAAGCAAGAGGAGCUUUGGGACCAUCUCAAGAUCGCGUUGAAAAGAUUGAGCUCCUCGAAAGUUGGYCAGCUAGAAGGCCAAGCCAGGGCAGCUUUCACAAUCAUACGAGAUGCCGGCGGCGGCGAUCGAAACAACGGCGACACCCUCUUCAGCUCGGAGUACAGCGAAGCAGUCUUUAAGACCGCAGUACUCGGUCUUGAGAUCUUGGACAGAAAGUUACGAGAUUACUUCGGGAUAUCAGCCCCCCUUGGCGACGAUAUCGAAGCUCAUCAACCAGCGAUUGACAGGAACCCCAGGCCCAAMUGGCUCGACACUCUCAACACACGUCGCUGGGCCAUUUUGGAGUGUCUCGACCAUCUCUUCUCCAGAAAGGGGGACGAUCCAGCGAGGCUGAACACGGCAUCAUCAAUCAUCGCGCUAUGCCAGGGUGCCAAUGUGGGUGCUGCGGUGCACAAGGACCAUCCGGAAAAAGUGUUGGCCUGGGCAGUCUCGUCGGCGCAAUGGACACAGGAGUGGAGACAGGAGAUGAUGGGGUAUGUUCGGCUUGCGAUUGUGGGAGCCGCACAGUUCCUGUCCAGUGAGUUCGGCGACGCGGAUGUGAAGCUGGGAGGGAAGAUUGUGCCCCGGGCGAAGGACCGGGAGCUAUGGCUCAGAGAUCGAGUUCGUGCCAACGAUGUGUGA